AGAAGCUGGCAGCACAUGCGACCUGAGCACAUUCUGGGACAUAUGACUGGAUCACACUGCACAAAGGAUAUUCACAAGAAUAUCAGAAGCUCCACUUCUGCACCUGCUCCAGUCAGCUCCGCUGCUCCAGUCUUUUCUGAGCUCCAUCCCCUAAUGACCCAUCCUGAAUACAACCCCUCCAAGGAAGACAGGAUGGAGGACCAAGCGAAGCCUGUGGAACCUUCAUCUCUACGCAGGGCCUGGGCCCGCUUCCUCAAGGGGGUGUCCUACUUCUCAGGAGACAUGGAGGUGUUUGGAAAAUGGAUGGAGAAGCGUUUUUUCUUGCUGCAGCUACUGGACUGGGUUCUGCGUGGAGCAGCCCAGGUGAUGUUUGUUAACAACCCUCUGAGUGGCCUCAUUAUUUUUGCCGGCCUCAUCCUGCAAAAUUAUUGGUGGGCCCUCAAUGGUUUCGUUGGUACCCUCUUUGCAACCAUUUCUGCUCUCAUUCUGCAACAAAGCAGGGGUGCAAUAGCUGCAGGACUUUAUGGGUACAAUGGCAUCCUGGUGGGUCUCCUGAUGGCUGUGUUCUCCAAUGCAGGAGACUGGUACUGGUGGCUUCUCCUGCCUAACAUCUUCAUGUCCAUGAUGUGCCCCAUUGUGUCCAGUGCCCUGGCAUCCAUUAACAGCCGCUGGGAUCUGCCAGUGUUCACGCUACCUUUCAACAUCCUGGUGUGUCUCCACAUGGUCGCCACCGGACAUUAUAACCACCACUUCCCCCAAGUCCUCAUUCAGCCACGCUCAGAGCUCCCCAACAUCACCUGGUCUGAGAUUGAUGUAGCAAAGCUGUUCAGGUCAAUACCAGUGGGAAUAGGCCAGGUGUACGGCUGUGACAACCCUUGGACAGGAGGGACCUUCAUCAUCUCUCUCUUCAUCUCUUCACCAAUCACCUGUGCCCACGCCAUCUUGGGAUCUGCUGCGGGCAUGGUGUCAGGUCUGGCUCUGUCGGCUCCUUUUGAGGACAUUUAUUUUGGUCUCUGGGGAUACAACUGCGUGUUAGCCUGCAUUGCUAUCGGAGGGAUGUUCUAUGCGCUCACCUGGCAGGUGCACUUACUUGCAAUCACAUGUGCUUUUUUCUGUGCAUACCUCGGUUCGGCCAUUGCUAACGUCAUGUCCAGGUUUGGUCUGCCGUCGUGCACCUGGCCUUUUUGCCUCUCUGCCCUCACCUUCCUCCUCUUAACAACGGGGACCAAGAGGAUAUUCAAGCUGCCGCUGGCCAAAGUCACCUACCCUGAGAAAAACCUGGCCUUCUACUGGAGGCUUAAGAAGCAGGAGAAAGCAGAGAAGACAUUGAAAGAGAGGAAAGAGAGUGAAGAGAGAGAAGAGCAGCUGAAGGCUAUGAAUGAGGAGGUGAUACUGAAUGAGAAAGAACAACUAAAACUGGAGCUGCAAAGAAUGGAAGAGGAGAAGAAAGAAAGUGAAAAUAACAUGACAGAAGUGGGUGUGAGGAUCAAUGUAGAAGAAACCAACACGCAAAAUAAUUUCACUGAGGAUGCUCUUGCUGACUAUGUUUGAAACAAUUUUGUUGUGAAUACAGAAGUGAAAAUGUGUACUUCCACUGAAAUGGUCGUAGAAUAUAAAUCUAUGAAGAUGCAAUUAUUUUUUGACAAUUUGGUAGAUCUACUGUGUAGACCUGCUGUAAGACAACAAUAUAUUUAUAAUGUCUUCUUUUUGUAAAGCAUUGUUCAUUGCAAUUGUUCGAUAUCGCAUUUUACACGUCUUCUGUGCACUUAUUUUAGUUACAUUUUUACUUUUUUAAACAAUAAAUAUAAUCCAUCUUUGUUUAUUUGGUGUUCUCAUAAGGUUCCCUACUAAAGCCAAAUAUGCAUUGAUGAAAAAACUUGCACAAAGUAAUCUUGCAGACAGAUUAAAACCCAGCAGAUGACAUGGAGUCACUGACUUUCAGCAUUCACUCCUCCUGAACAUGUAGCCACAGCGGACAGUUUUCUGCACUGCCACUGAGUUUGCAGCAAUCACUCAUAGCGAGCAUGCAUGUAGCGAAAGCUGAGAGGAAAACUCCCCUUUAACAUGAUGAAACCUCCA